UUAUCUGCCCAGGUCGUGUCUUACUUACCUCUCGUCAAAACAAAAAAAUUAAACGGGUUUUCCAGUAUCAAGAAAAACGGUGUCUAGUUUCGGCGAAGAGUGUGAAGAAAGUUUGUCUUUUCUGAUGAGACUUAAUUUUUAGGUGUCUCAAAUAUAUAGAUAUUGCACUGAUUUCGAGGCCAACUUGUGAAUGAGUGUUUUUAAGAGUAACGCACAUGGUGAUUACUCUUUUAUAUGUCUUGCUAAUUUUUGUUUUGUUUUUUUUUUAGGAAAAGUUCUUAAAAUUUGUUCAUGCUCAAUUUUUGGUUUUUCGCGGUUUGACUUGUAAUUUUUUUAAAAGUUCAUUGAAUUUCUAUUGUUAAAAGGAAGGCAAACUCAACUAUUGAACAGCAAAAUUGUAAAGGUCACAAAAAUGUGAUUGACUUCUAAUUUCGAAAAUGGAAAUUAAUUAUCAGAUUUCCCGGCGAAAUAAAAGUUUUACAUAUUGACCUAGUUUUUUCAAAUUGGGUUAACUUUAACAUAGAAGUGUCCAUCAUAGAUUGUUCUAGAAGUUCAUAGAGCUUUAAGGCCAUCUAUUUUCUUCUUCGAAAUUCCGUACUCUUUUCCUUGCGUUCAUUGUUCUUUUGCAACUGUCAGUUGGCUAUGUUUAGUUUGUCCGACGUCCCAUGGUUUUAUUGAAAACGGGCUUUAUAUUAGAAUUUAUCCACCUGGUGUCGAUGGUAGAUUUCAGCUAAGUGAUUACUUCAGCUAAAAUUAAAUCAACAUACAACGAACUUUACUUUAAUCACGCCACUGAUUUUACAAGCAAGUUUGUGUGAUAGUAUGAACUCUGUUUUUCCAACCUAAGUCGCAAAUAUUGUUGCGACAAAAUGUGUUCAUUUUGAAAGUGUUCAUUUUGAUCAAUAAGCAGCUUUUAAGUACAGCCAAUGCUAAGGAUAUUAACACAGACUUUUAUAUUACAAAUAACACUUUAGCUUCAAGGUAUCAUGGAUCUAGCGUAGAGGCAGUGAAGGAGACCAGCAACAAAUUAAGAGGGUUUGAAUCUGGGCAGGUUCGGAUAUUUUUAAUAAACUUUUUGGUAUAUUAGUUAAAAUGCGUCCGCUCUAUAAAUUGAGGCAUGUUAAUUGGUAAGUUUAUUUUUUUUUCGAAUUGACUGGUACUGCUAAUGCGUCAUAAAUGGCUUGCGUCAUUUAGCAAUUAUGUACACUCAUAAUUGGCGUGCGUCACUUAAGUAUUUCUGUAGACUCAAAGUUUUACUCAUUCAAUUUUCCCCAGUAGUGUUAACGGUCAUAUUUUGCUUGUGUAUGUGAAGUGCAACUUUUCCUCUGUGUCAAUAUCAUUAUCAAGCAGCUUUUGCAGGACAAUAUUUUCACUAAAUAAGUUGAAUGCCAAAAUUCAGUAUUUACACAAUCACUCUUCUGAAUUCUUUCCCACUAGUUUUUCUUUUAUUUGACGUUCAGUUUCAAAGCAGAUUGGAAUAAUCUUCGCAAGCAGUUUGUGGCAUCUGGAAAUAUCAUUUUGUUUUUGGGACGCUCAAGAUCCGUAGACAACUUGCUGGAGUCUUCAGUGUGGAUUUUUUUCUAAUAUCUGCAAUCUCUCUCUGGUCCUGGCAUCUCUUCAGAGUAAUCCACAUGACCAUAAAAAGUUCGCAUCUCCGAUAAUAUCGGCGUCAAGUAAUUUCUCAUUUGCAAAUACCCAUUUGUAGCUCUUGUCAAUUAAUAUGUCACCAUCUCGCAUACCAAUGAUAUUACAGUUUAUUCGAGCUAAUUUUAUGUAUCUUUCGAAUGCGCGUUUUUUGUCCGACGUCCCAUGGUGUUAUUGAAAACGGGGGUUCCAAAGUGUUUUAUGUAAGAAUUUUUUCACCUAGUGUCGAUGGUAGAAUUAACCUAAGUUAUUUUUUCAGGUGUCUAAAAUAAGCGAAUUUGAAGCAGGAGGAAGAACUUGAUGUAUGUUUUUGUUCCAUACGAUGUAUUGUAAUUGAUUCUUAGCUAAUCGGAUGGUUUUAAAGCCAAUCAUAGAACUCUUCUUACACUUGCGAGAGCAAGUGUCUUUUAAUCGGGGACUAGACUUUUUCCCCCCGCGAACAAUUUUUACACAAUUUUUCAAAAAAAUGAAGUUGCUUUAUUAGUUUUCCCACUUGGCUUAGAGGUAAAGCUGAUGGCUUGUACCCUAGAGUCGAGGGUUCGAGUCCUGGGAGGACAGUUUUUUUACAGGAUGUAUGGGUUUUGGGGAUGUAGAUAAGGUUGAGUCUGCAGCAAACUUCUAAAAAUGACCACUGGCACUGUAUCUUGAGACGCACUCAACAUUCUGGAGGCUCACUCACAUGACGACGACGCACGAUAAGGACAUCGAUCUUGAGUCCGGGAGUACGUGUCAGUCGGUGAUAUUCGGAAAUUUGACCUUGAUUUUGGGGGAAACCCGUUUUCGAAUUGACCAUGUUAUGCUCAAGUUUAUUGCGGCAACUGAAAUAAGAAUCAAGAUUAUCAGAAGACUCGAAUUAGAAUUGCGGCAAAGUUGAUAAAAAAAAUUGUGCACGAGUGAAAUUGCUUCUAGCAGUUUUGCUUAAAUCGUCAAUUGGAGUAGAGCUGUCUUGUUUCCGAAAGAAAACAUCACGAAUUCAUACCAGAGUGUCAUCGCUGGACAAAAGAGAACCUUGAUUUGUCAGGUAGACGAGUGAAGCUGCCCAAUGACCCAAACAAUAAAAGUACUGGAGUCAAAACAAUUUACUUAAAACCUCCAGAGUCAUUUUAUUGUCUAGAGUCAUGUCAAUAUAUACCAAGCGAUCCUUUAAAACGGAUAAAGGACGACUAAAUAAUCCACCUCCUGCUGAGCAUCAGUCGAAAGUUGAUGCUUCGCUUCCCAGAGAACAAGAGUUUGGGACUACGCUGGAAGAAUUUGGCUUUCACUUUGAUGACAAGGGUGUUCUGAGAGACGGAAAUGGAGAUGGAUUUGUAUUCAAUGUCAGUAAGAAUACUUUCUACAAUGAGAGGCGAUAUGAAGCAAUGGCAAAUGCAAUGAUAGAGGAAGUCUACAACAAACUACAGGAGGAUUGUGGACUAGAAAAGAUAUACAUUCCUGAAGAUGCUGCAGAAACAGAUGCAAGAAGUUUCGUAUUUGCGUCUUCCGACUUCUACUCUAACGAAACUACCCUUCUGGUGCUAAUCCACGGAGCAGGAUUUGUCCGAGCUGGUCAAUGGUCCCGUAAGGUCAUCAUGAACCAAGGACUCAGAGAGGGAAGUCAAAUUCCAUACAUCGAAGCUGCGAAACAGAGAGGAUGGGCAGUUAUAGUGCUGAACACCAACUUGAAUAUCGAACUAGCAAUGUCACCGGACGGAAAAGUGUCCUAUGGCAGAAUCAAAUAUUCGGGCACACCAGAAGAACACGGUCUCUACGUGUGGAACAAGUUGAUUAGGAAUACAAAAGCUUCCUCAGUAUUUGUUGUAGCUCACAGUUACGGAGGAAUAGUCACUGCCCAUCUAGCCGAUAAGGCCGAAGAUUUUACUGAUCGAGUGAAAGCAGUUGCCUUAACAGACUCGGUCCACUCUCUAGUAGACAUGGACGCAUUUAAGAAUGUAGAAGAUUUCUUUGAGCGCAGUGCUAUCAAUUGGGUUCAGUCUCUGGCACCCGUGAAUACACGUGUGAAAUAUCGGGAGAAAUUGAAAGGCAAAGAUUGUGAGCUGAGGUCUGCCGGAGUGAUGGAACACGAUAUGACGUCACACUGUGCCAAAGAGAGCGUCUUCAAUUGGUUCGACAGAAUCAUAGCAGCGGAAGAUCAAAAUUCAGAUGGAAUGAAUGAUGAAGGCUAACCGGCAUAGAGACAGAUCGAAUCGAGAAACACUUAGCUUUAAAAGACACCAUAUUUACAGAUCAUUUUGCGUAUUUUAAAUAGGUAUGUAUGUUAGCGAAUCAAAUUUAGU